AUGGAACAGCAGAAUCAUUCAAAGCAGCUGCUUCUGCAGCUGAACCAGCAGCGAGCCAAAGGAUACCUGUGUGAUGUCAUCAUCGUGGUGGAGAACGCGCUGUUCCGCGCCCACAAGAACGUCCUGGCGGCUAGCAGCGUCUACUUCAAGUCGCUGGUCCCCCACGACAACCUCAUCAACCUGGACACAGAGAUGGUCAGCCCCUCCAUUUUCAGACAGGUGUUGGACUUCAUCUAUACAGGUCGUCUGUCCAGUUCUGACUCCGUCAGUGACCACAGUAUCUCGUCUCUCCUGAUCGCCGCCUCCUACCUCCAGCUGACUGAACUGGCUGCUCUCUGUCGCAGGAAGCUCAAACACAACGGUCAGACCCCCUCCAGCUCCAACAAGAUGACCCCCUCCUCUUCCACCUCCCCAACCUCAAAUGGACACACCCCUGGCCCCCUCUGCCUCUCCUCCACCCCCCUCCACAACCACCAGCACCAUAACAACCACUCAGGGUCCAAGAAGGGGAGCCAGAGACCGGGCCAGGAGGGAAGGCUGAGAGAGGAUCUGUCCGAGAAGGUGUUUAUUUCGGGGUCACGCUGUGCCUCCCUCAGCCCCUCUGGAGAAGGUAGGAGUAAUGGGCUGGGACUGGACCUGUCCAAAAGGAGUCCGUCAGAGAGCACUGCCACAGAGGAGGUGUCCCCCAGCAGUCUGCUCCAGAGCUCUUCCCCCCACUCCUCCUCUCUCUCCCCCACUCCCACUCCUCCCACAACGUCUAGUGCCAAGCCAGAGCCUCCAAAGACCUCCACAGACCUCCAGCCCAGAGCCCCUCGCAAGAGGCCCCGAGGUGAUAAAGUGACCCCAGAGCUGGAGGACGGAGAGGUGGAUGGAGAGGAGAACGGUCUAGAUCAGAGUGAGGGGAGCGGGCACAGUGGAAGAGGAGGAGGAGGAGGAGGAAGAAAAGGGAGGAGAAACGGAAACACCAACUACAUCUACCGUCAGCCCCAGCCAGGGUUUGAGCCAGGUGUGGGGGACAACCUGUACGUCUGCAUCCCCUGUGGGAAAGGCUUCCCCAGCUCAGAACAGCUCAAUGCCCAUGUCGACACACACACCCACGACCAACUCUACCUGAAAGACGAGGAGGAGGAGGAGGAAGAGGAAGAGGAAUGUGAUGACUCUGCAUCAAAGGAGGUGAAGCCUGACGCUGAAGAACCUGGGCAUCUCUGCACAGUCUGCAGUAAGAGCUGCAAGGACGCGACAUCACUACGGCAACACGAGAAGAGCCAUUGGCUGAACCGGCCAUUCCCCUGUAACAUCUGUGGCAAGCUGUUCACUCAGCGAGGCACCAUGACGCGCCACAUGAGGAGUCACCUGGGCCUCAAGCCCUUCGCCUGCGAGGAGUGCGGCAUGCGCUUCACACGACAGUACCGCCUCGCCGAGCACAUGCGGGUCCAUUCGGGGGAGAAGCCGUACGAGUGCCAGCUGUGUGGCGGGAAGUUCACCCAGCAACGCAACCUCCUUAGUCAUAUGAGGAUGCACACCUCGCCCUCAUAG